AUGUCAAUCCCAUCAGAAGUCAUAAUUAUAGGCACAGGUGUCUUUGGUAUCUCAACUGCUAUUUCAUUAGCCAAAAGAUAUCCAUCAACUAAAAUCCAUGUUUUUGAUCGUUAUGAACCUCCAGUUGCAGAUGCUACAAGUGUUGACACUACAAGAGUGUUGAGAACAGAUUAUAAUGAUGAGAUUUAUGAAAAGUUAUCAUAUGAAGCUAUGCAAUUGAUUAAGGCAGAUCCUGAAAUUUCUCAAUUUUUCCAUGAAUCUGGUAUGUCUGUUAUUUAUGAUGGAAAAGAUGAUAGAUGGGCUAAAAUGUAUGAUGGUGAUAUAAAAUCUGCUCAAAGGAUUUUGAAAAAUGAGCCUGAAAAAUUGGUGGAAUUUAAUGACUCUACUGCUGUUUUCAAAAGUAUUCAUGGCUCUGAAAAUGAACCUGAAAGUUUAACAAAAUUGGGCAGAAAAACUUGGUGGAAUAAAGGUUAUUGUAAUAAGGCAAAUGGGUUUAUUGAUGCUGCUAGGGCAAUUGAAGCUUAUUAUAAGCGUGCAAAGACAUUCCCAAAUAUCAAAUUUACUUUCAAUCCAGUUGAAAAAAUCAUUUUUGAAGAUAAUACAAAUAGAGCAUGCGGUGUUCAAUUACAAGAUGGUUCAAUGUUUUUCUCAAAGUUAGUUAUAGUUGCAGCAGGUGCAUGGAGUGCUAAAUUAGUUGAUUUGGAAGGUAUUUGUUUUUCAUCAGCUAUUGAAGUUGCAUGGUAUAAACUUUCAAAAAAAGAAGAAGAACAAUGGAAAGAUAUGGCAAUUACUACAAAUCUAUCAACUGGUAUUAAUAUUUUCCCUCCAUAUAACGGUGAAAUUAAGAUUCUAAGAAGAUCUGCAGGUUAUAAGAAUACAAUUGAAAUACCACAUCCUGAUCCUACUAAAGCUGGUUCUAAAAUCAAAAUUUCACAUCCAAGAACAAUAUUAACUAAUAAGAAUGAUUACAUCCCAGAAGAAGCUGAAAUUGCACUUAGAGAAAACAUGAAGGAAAUUUUACCAUCUUUGUAUAAUAGACCUUUUGAUCGUACAAAACUUUGUUGGUUAACACAAACUAAAAGUGCAAACUUCUUGAUUGAUUAUCAUCCAAAGUUGCAAAAUGUUUUAUUAGCCACAGCUGGUUCUGCGCAUGGUUGGAAAUUUGUUUCAAUAAUUGGUGACAAAGUUGUUGAUUUUAUGAGUGGUAAAUUAGAUUCAGUUUUGAAACAAAGAUGGUCAUGGAAUGAGAAAUUAGAAUUACAAGAUGAUAAUGGUAGUGCACCAAGAAUGACUGGUGAGGCUCAUGAAUUGAGAGAUUAUGUUAGGGAUGGAUCAAAGCUUAGACAAAAGGCUAAUUUAUAGUUAUUCAAUAUUCAUAUAGUUAAUUGUUAAUUGAAAGGUUGAUAGAUGUAGUUACUCUCUUUUGUGGUUGAUGGUUUCUGUUGAUACGAACUAAUUCAUGAACCAGAAUCAUAUUUGACACAAAAAGUACAAAAUGAAUAAAAUUGAUAAAUUCUAUGCUUUCCAACACCUAAGCCACCACUUUUCCAAACCAAAGAUUCCAGUGCCUUCACUGCUCCUUGACAAAACGGGUUCAAGUGCCAUCCUUACCCUUGAAAGCAAUUUUCUUCAAGUGCCUUCACUGAAGUUGAUAAAGCUGAUGCGGACAUUCACGCCCUGAUUGUUAUUCUCGGGUACAAAAGAUUUCGGCAGAAUC